GGCGGGCCAAGAGCUGAGCGAGCCAGGCCGGGCUCCCGAGGUCUCGGCACGCGUGUGGAAGGCGGGAUCCCCCGGCCCCUCCUCCGCCGUCGGGCGCCGCCCCGCCCCCGCCCCCGCCCGGGCCCUCCGGAGCGUGUGCAGCGAGGAGCCGGCGGGCGAGCGGGCGUCCCCGCAGCCAGCGAGCGGGAGGAGGAGCCGCGCCGCGCCAGGGGCAGCCGAGGAGCCGAAGAGGGCGCCCCAGGUGGCUGCCCCUACCCUCUCCUGAGAUGUCAGGAAGGAGGGGACCACCUGUGUCCCCCACCGGGGCCCCCCAGAGCCUGGGGGCCCCCAGCCCUGGAGCCUGGAGGUGGAGGAGGUGCUGACAGGUGCUCAGCGAGAUGCUCCUCAGCCCCUCCUGCUCCCUCCCCAUCCUCCUCCUUUUCCUCCUCCCCAGCGUUCCAAUGGAGCCCCACCCCCCACCCUUACCACUGCCCCCCUUUCUAGCCCCUGAGUGGGACCUCCUGUCCCCCCGAGUAGUCCUGUCCAGGGGCACCCCCGCCGGGCCCCCUCUGCUCUUCCUGCUGGAGGCCGGGGCUUUCGGGGAGCCAGCAGGCCGCCCUGCCAACCGCAGCCGGCGCGGGGCGAGCGAGACAGCACCCGCAAGUCGCCGGGGAGAGCUGGCUGUGUGCGAUGCGGUCAGCGGCUGGGUGACCGACCGCCGGACGGCCGUGGACCUGCGUGGGCGUGAGGUGGAGGUGCUGGGCGAGGUUCCCGCGGCUGGUGGCAGUCCCCUCCGCCAGUACUUCUUCGAGACCCGCUGCAAGGCUGACAGCACCGAGGAAGGUGGCCCCGGUGGGGGAGGAGGGGGCUGCCGGGGUGUGGACCGGAGGCACUGGGUAUCUGAGUGCAAAGCCAAGCAGUCCUACGUGCGGGCACUGACCGCUGACGCCCAGGGCCGCGUAGGCUGGCGAUGGAUUCGAAUUGACACUGCCUGCGUCUGCACGCUCCUCAGCCGGACUGGUCGGGCCUGAGGCCCAUGCCCAGGAACUGGGCAGGCAGAGGAAGAAGACGGCUGGACCCCGAGGGACCUCAGGGGUGGCCUGACCGCCCCGGGCCUCAGUUUGGGAACUUGUGAAAUGGUCACACAAUCACAGCUUUCUGACUCUGAGAGCUCAACCCAUGCCAGACAGGUGGUGGAACCAAAUGGGGUUUUGAAGGAUGAGUAGGAGUUCUCCUGGAUGAACUUGAGGGUAAUGAUGAUGAUAAUAAUAGCCCAAUUUUGCCGAGUGUCUACUGUUUGUCAGCGCUAAUACACAAUUUGUCAGAUCAA